AUGGAAGAUUUGAUGGACAUGGACACGAGUGCCCUGAGGCCCCAGAACUAUCUUCUCGGUUGUGAACUAAAGGCCGACCAAGAUGAUCACUUUAAGGUGGGUAGUGGUGAAAAUAAGCACCAGUCAUCUUUAAGAACGGUCAGUUUAGGGGCUGGCGCAAAUGGUAAAUUGCGCACUGUUGAAGCAGAGGUAAUGAAUUAUGUUGGCAGUCCAAUUAAAGUAACACCGGCAACUUUGAAAACGUCUGUGCAGCCAACGGUUUCUCUUGGGGGCUUUGAAAUAACACCACCUGUUGUCUCAUGGUUGAAGUGUGGUUCAGGGCCUGUGCAUAUUAGUGGACAGCACUUAGUAGCUGUGGAGGAGGAUGCAGAGUCAGAAGAUGAAGAGGAGGAGGAUGUGAAACUCCUAAGUAUAUCUGGAAAGCAUUCUGCCCCUGGAAGUGGUAGUGAGUUUCCACAGGAAAAAGUAAAACUUGCUGCUGAUGAAGAUGAAGAUGUUGAGGAGGAAGCUGAAGAAAAAGCUCCAGUAAAGAAAUCUAAUUCUUCAAAAAACAGGAAAAAAACUCCCAAAAUGCCGAAAGGACCUAGCUCUGUAGAAGACAUUAAAGCAAAAAUGCAAGCAAGUAUAGAAAAAGGUGGUUCCCUUCCCAAAGUGGAAGCCAAGUCCAUCAAUUAUGUGAAGAAUUGUUUCUGGAUGACUGACCAGGAAGCUAUUCAAGAUCUCUGGCAGUGGAGGAAGUCUCUUUAAGAAAAUAGUUUAAACAGUUUGUUAAAAUUUUCCAUCUUAUUUCAUUUCUGUAACAGUUGAUAUCUGGCUAUCCUUUUUAUAAUGCAGAGUGAGAACUUUCCCUACCAUGU